GCGGAGACGCAGUGAGGACAGCCUUUUGACCGAACUUUAGGAAAGUGGAGAAUAUUGUGUACCCGUUAACCGUAUCUUGUCUAGGGGUUGUGGAGGGACGCAGAUGCGGACCGCCGUUGCACUGCUUCAACAACGGUUGUGGGGCAAAGACUUCUACCCCUCGUUUCGCGGGAUGGUUCAUAAAUGUGACACCGAGCGGGCAGUGGACCUGCUACGGCAGUAUCAGGCCAACCUGACCAGUCCACAGGAGCAGGCGUUGAACGCCAGCGUGGGGAAAGUUUCUGCCAUCUUUGGAAGCCAGCUGUUCCAUGCACUUCUUGAUCUCUGGUCAACCACAUUUUCUAUGGACCAGCACGGUGGAGUGGAAUAUUUCCCGGGAUAUUUUACGCAAAAAGAUAUUCAGGAGUGUUACGAGGUAACCUUGCAGUUGAACACACAACAGAACGGAAAGGAAGAUGGCUCCGAGGAAGUGUGGGAGGACAAGGAGUUGGUGGAAGGAGUCACCCGGGUGCGAGUGACUAGCAUGACCAGCCCCCACCGCGUGGAGCGAGUGGUGGGACUGGUGAGCCGAUCCCACGUGGACGCCGUCAAGUGUGUGUGUGUGUGUGAUCUCAGGACGAGGCGGGCAAGAGACCCCGAGUGCGGCGCCGCUCAGCCCCAGCUCAGCCCAUCGCCCGACGGCGGCGCAGCAAGCAUGCACAAACACCACCACUGCUGCAAGUGCCCCGAGUGUUACGAGGUGACCCGCAUGGCCGCCCUGCGCAGGAUGGACGCCCCGCCGUACGCCGGAGACUGGCAGGCUGAGCCCUACGGAUACCCGGCCGGGUACGGGGGAGGCCAGACCCUGCCGCCCCCGGCCUCAGGGGGAGGUGCAGGCAUGGGAGGAGGAGGAGGAGGAGGAGGAGGUGGAGGAGGAGGAGGAGGAGGAGGAGGAGGAGGGGGCACUUUGGGGAGAAGUAAGGGCAAGAACAUGUCAGCCGGAGGAGGUCCUGGCGGCCCCAACCCCAAGGGUCAGUCCAAGGGGGGGCCCAAAGUAAAUGGCAACAACUCUGGAGGGCAAGGCGCGUGGUGGCCGGAGUGUACGUGUACCAGCCGGGAGUGGUACGACCAGGCCAACCCUCCCCCCAUCAUUGUCAACGCAGACUCAAUGGACGCCGGCCCUUAUGUAAAUGGCAGUGACGGGAUGUAUAAAUAUGAAGAGAUCAUCCUGGAGCGGGGUAACUCUGGCCUGGGCUUCAGCAUCGCUGGGGGAAUGGACAAUCCACACAUCCCCGAUGACCCAGGAAUCUUCAUCACCAAGAUUAUACCCGGAGGAGCCGCCGCCAUGGACGGCCGACUGGGGGUGAACGACUGCGUGCUGCGGGUCAACGAGGUGGACGUGUCCGAGGUGGUGCACAGCCGGGCGGUGGAGGCCCUGAAGGAGGCGGGCCCCGUGGUGCGCCUCUUGGUGCGGCGGCGCCAGGCCCCGCCCGAGACCAUCCUGGAGGUCAACCUGCUGAAGGGGCCAAAAGGCCUGGGGUUCAGCAUCGCGGGAGGGAUCGGUAACCAACACAUCCCCGGGGACAACAGCAUCUACAUCACCAAGAUCAUCGAGGGAGGGGCGGCGCAGAAGGACGGCCGCCUGCAGACGGGAGACCGCCUGCUCGCUGUGAACAACAUCAUCCUGCAGGAUGUGCGUCACGAGGAGGCGGUGGCUGCGCUCAAGAACACCUCGGACAUGGUGUACCUCAAGGUGGCCAAGUCGGGCCCCGUGCACCUCAACGACAUGUACGCUCCCCCGGACUACUCAAGCACCUUCCCGACCCUGGUGGAGAACCACGUGGGCCACGGCUACAUGGGGGCCAUGGAGCCCAAGCAGGUGUACCAGGCCCCGCCCCAGGGGGGCGGGGUCACACCCUCUAGGUACUCCCCGGUCCCCCGCCACAUGCUGGGAGAGGAGGACUUCACCAGUCCCGCCCCGCGUCCUGACGUUGUCGCUCUGUUUGGCAGGGAGCCACGGAAGGUGCUUUUGCACAAGGGCUCCACAGGGCUGGGCUUCAACAUCGUGGGCGGAGAGGACGGCGAGGGCAUCUUCGUCUCCUUCAUCCUGGCUGGGGGGCCGGCCGACCUCAGCGGCGAGCUGAGGCGGGGGGAUCGCAUCCUCUCAGUGAACGGGGUGAACCUGAGGAAUGCGACGCACGAGCAGGCGGCGGCGGCUCUGAAGCGGGCAGGGCAGACGGUCACCAUUAUCGCUCAGUAUCGCCCUGAAGAGUACAGCCGCUUUGAGUCCAAGAUCCACGACUUGAGGGAACAGAUGAUGAACAGCAGCAUGAGCUCUGGAUCAGGCUCCCUGCGCACCAGUGAGAAGCGCUCCCUUUAUGUCAGAGCCCUGUUUGACUAUGACCGCACCAGGGACAGCUGUCUGCCCAGCCAGGGUCUGAGCUUCUCGUACGGGGACAUCCUCCACGUCAUCAACGCCUCUGAUGAUGAGUGGUGGCAGGCGCGGCUCGUCACGCCACACGGCGAGAGCGACCAGAUCGGGGUCAUUCCCAGCAAGAAAAGAGUGGAGAAGAAGGAGCGGGCCAGGUUAAAAACUGUCAAGUUUCACGCACGGACGGGGAUGAUUGAGUCCAACAGGCAUCCAGUCAAAGUAAAGCGCAAAAAAAGUUUCAACCUCUCGCGCAAAUUCCCUUUUUACAAGAGCAAGGAGAAUAUUGUGCAGGAGAUGGUGGAUGCUGAACAAUGCCUGACGUCCAACACGAGCGACAGCGAGAGCAGCUCAAAGGGCCAGGAGGACACAAUUCUUUCAUAUGAGCCAGUCAUUCGACAGGAAAUCCACUACACGAGACCUGUGAUCAUCCUGGGGCCGAUGAAGGACCGGGUAAACGAUGACCUCAUCUCCGAGUUCCCCCACAAGUUUGGCUCCUGCGUGCCGCACACGACACGUCCGCGGCGAGAGAACGAGAUGGACGGCCAGGACUACCACUUUGUGGGCUCCCGCGAGCAGAUGGAGAAGGACAUCCAGGACAAUAAGUUCAUCGAGGCAGGCCAGUUCAACGAGAACCUCUACGGGACAAGCAUCCUGUCGGUCAGAGCCGUGGCAGAACGGGGGAAACACUGCAUUCUUGAUGUAUCUGGGAACGCUAUAAAGCGACUGCAACAAGCACAACUAUAUCCUAUCGCCAUCUUCAUUAAACCAAAAUCUGUUGAAGCCCUGAUGGAAAUGAAUAAGAGGCAGACGUAUGAGCAGGCCAAUAAAGUCUUUGACAAGGCAAUUAAACUGGAGCAGGAGUUCGGAGAGUAUUUCACAGCCAUUGUACAGGGUGACUCGUUAGAGGAGAUCUACAACAAAAUCAAGCUCAUCAUCGAGGAGCAGUCGGGCCCCUACAUCUGGAUCCCUUCCUCCGAGAAGCUCUGAGCUGCCAGCUCCCUGCCCCCCCCACCUACACCCCACCACCACCACCACCACCUCCUCCUCCAGCACCACCCCUGCUUCUGUGCAGAACUCCCAUCCUGAAGAAAAAACCCUGUCUCCCAAUCCCCCCCCCCCAAAACUAAAUUACUUCCCCCUUCCCCAUUUUUUGCAGAUAAGUUUCAUAUCAAGUUUUAGUGUCCUCAUUAUGUUAUUCGCUAAUGGGAAGAUAAAAAAAAGUCUUAUCACCAUUACUGUGACUGUGCACACCCCUGCAUGAGUUUCUCAACAGAUCCAUUCAAGACUGGAAAUGCCACUCCGAAUGAAUUUUGUCAUUUUAAAAACAACGAAAAGGGAAAAAAGGAACAAAUCCUUUUUUGUUUUCAGAUUUUUGUCCUUUUUUUAAAACGACUGGGACUGACUACGAAGACCAGAAUGUUUUACAGAAUUCGUGAGAAUGCUUGAAGAGUUGCGGUGGUGAAGAGAGGGGAGAGAGAACAGAGUCUAACCAUAAAACGUUGGAACACUUUGUAAAUGUUCAUCAAAUCACACUAAAUAAAAAAACAAAAAGAAAAGACACACACGUGAGUGGAAAAACCAAUUGCAGAUUUUCUUUUUCUAAAAGGACUGGAUGAAAUCGCGGCCAGCUGAUGCUACUGUUUAAGGAGUCGUCUCUCUUUUGUUUAUAAUGACUGAGGAAGUUGGUGAAGAAGCCUACAAACUGGGGAUCUAUUUAUCAUUAACCAGUCGGGUCGUCUGCCAGUUGCCUGUGUAAAAAUACACCAUGUGAGGCGGCGCAAAAGGAACGAAAUGAGUUGUGAAUCUCUACAUUUAUAUUAUUAUUAAAAAAAAAUCACAAGCUAAAUGAUAAAAUCCUUCUAAGAUUUUACUACAUAUUCAAAACUACACAUUUACACUUCACUAGAAUUGUCUACUUGGAGGGCUCUUAGAGUAAAACAUUUUUGUUUGUUUUUAUUUUGGAUGUUUUUUGGGGGAUUUUGCUUGUGGGUUAGGGCUGCUGUGUAAAGGACGAGGGGGGGGGAGAGAUGUGUAACUGGGCUCUGCAAAACACCAAACUGCCUUACAUCAAAUACAAAUUAUGUUUCCUGGCUACCUGGUCUCUAUUAGGGGAGGACACACACACGCAACCGGCAAAACACAGGAAAUGUUCUUGAAUUUCCUCUUUUGUGUUGCUGCGUCCUUCACACUUCCGGGAGGCCGUACUAGAGUGCAAUAGAUUGAAAUGCAGUCUCCACUCUGUUCUCACUUGUAUUUUACCCUGUAUUAUUACUAUCAUGUUUAAUCCCGUUCUUUACUUUUUCUGGUACAUUUGAAGAAAAACGUUUAAAAGAAAAAAACGAAAGAAAGCCCCAACUUGAUUUGAAUUUGGAUCGCCAGAUCAGCAUUCACAUGGGCCCCAGUUGAGCAGCAGAUUCCCCAUUACACACUCUGCCUUCCCAGAUGAUUCUUCUCUGAGUUGAGUGGUCACGCGGCACUGUCCUGUACGCCACCAUGGCGGUGGCCUUUAAAAGAAAACGCAACAAACGGGUAGUAAAAUAAACAAUAAUUGUAUUGGAUGUGUUAUCAAUUAAAAGAGUCGAUAUAUAUAACCUGUUCUGGGUCGUGGUCCCCCCUCUUCCCCCUUUCUACCCCUACUUAAAACACUAAAGAUGGGUUGGAUUAAAACCAUUAUUCUCUGUAUCGAUACCAGUAUGAAUUCUUUGUAUUUGACUUGGGAGGCGUUGGGGUAAAGCCCCUACGGUGUGUGUGUGUGUGGG